CCACCCACCCCCACCAUGGACACAGUUCUGAGCAGCAUCCACGCCUGUAAGCCCGACAACACAAACGUCGGCUGCCCGGCCGGCUCCGGCGCCGUCAGCGCCAUACAGACGUCGUCAUUCUACGCGCCGCCGGAGGCCACCCUCGGGCGCCACCUGGCUCGGCGUUUGGUGGAGAUCGGCGUGGAGGACGUCUUCUCCGUCCCCGGCGACUUCAACCUGACUCUCCUCGACCACCUCAUAGCCGAGCCGCGGCUCAGGAACAUCGGCUGCUGCAAUGAGCUGAACGCCGGGUACGCCGCCGACGGCUACGCCCGGCAGCGCGGCGUCGGCGCGUGCGCCGUCACGUUCACCGUCGGCGGGCUGAGCGUCCUGAACGCCGUCGCCGGAGCCUACAGCGAGAAUCUUCCGGUGAUCUGCAUCGUCGGAGGGCCCAACACCAACGAUUACGGGACCAAUCGGAUUCUGCAUCACACCAUCGGCUUGCCGGAUUUCAGCCAGGAGCUGCGCUGCUUCCAGACCGUUACGUGUUAUCAGGCUGUGGUGAACAACAUCGAAGAUGCACACGAACAAAUCGACACAGCCAUAACAACAGCCCUAAAAGAGAGCAAGCCUGUCUACAUAAGCAUCAGCUGCAAUUUGCCUGCAAUUCCUCAUCCUACUUUCGUCAUCGAUCCAAUCCCAUUCUCCAUCUCCCCGAGGCUGAGCAACGAAUCUGGCCUGAAGGCGGCCGUCGACGCCGCCGCCGCCUUUUUAAACAAAUCCGUAAAGCCAGUCUUGGUCGGAGGUCCUAAACUGCGCGUCGCGAAGGCAAGCGGCGCGUUUGUCGAGCUAGCUGACGCCUGCGGCUACGCACUCGCGGCGAUGCCGUCGGCGAAAGGGUUAGUCCCCGAGCAUCACGCGCACUUCAUGGGCACGUAUUGGGGCGCGGUCGGGACGCAUUUUUGCGGCGAGAUUGUGGAAUCUGCGGAUGCCUACAUUUUCGCCGGCCCGAUAUUCAACGACUACAGCUCGGUCGGGUACUCGCUCCUCGUCAAAAAGGAGAAGGCGAUUAUCGUGCACCCCGAUCACGUCGUCGUCGCGAACGGGCCCGCGUUCGGGUGUGUGAUGAUGAACGAUUUUCUAAAGGAACUCGCCAAGAAACUCGACAAAAACACGACUGCCUUCGAAAAUUACAAGAGGAUUUACGUGAAGGAAGGCGAGGUUCCGAAGUGCGACCCGAGCGAGCCGUUGAGAGUAAAUGUCCUUUUCCAACAUAUACAAAAGAUGUUGUCCGGCGACACGGCUGUGAUCGCCGAGACGGGGGACUCGUGGUUUAAUUGCCAGAAGUUGAAGUUGCCCGAGGGAUGCGGGUACGAAUUCCAGAUGCAGUAUGGAUCGAUCGGAUGGUCCGUUGGCGCUACAUUAGGGUACGCACAAUCUGUGCCGAAGAAACGAGUGAUUGCAUGCAUUGGGGAUGGAAGUUUUCAGGUAACGGCCCAAGACAUAACGACAAUGAUCCGAUGCGAGCAGAAGACCAUCAUAUUCUUGAUAAACAACGGGGGAUACACAAUCGAAGUAGAAAUCCACGACGGGCCGUACAAUGUGAUCAAGAACUGGAACUACACAGGACUCGUCGACGCCAUGUGCAAUGGAGAAGGGAAUUGCUGGACUACCAAGGUGACUUGCGAGCAAGAGCUGAUCGUGGCGCUGGAAAAAGCCAACGGCGAGAAAAGAGAUUGCCUGUGCUUCAUCGAAGUUAUAGUCCACAAGGAUGACACGAGCAAAGAGCUUCUCGAAUGGGGAUCGAGAGUUUGCGCCGCCAACGGCCGCCCGCCGAAUCCGCAGUAAAUAACUUCACACCUUAAUCUCUAUUCGAUUCAACACCUAUUUUUUUAGUUUAGACAUAUAUACUACUUUGGAUCAACAGAUUAAAAGUUUGAUG